ACGCUCGCCGCGAGGCUCCGCCACCAGCCGCGCCGACCAGUGCUGUAGCCGUUUCUUAUCGUAUCAAAUCUGGUACAUUUAUCCGAUAAGUAGACUGAUUCACGGGGCGAGUGAUACAGGUCGCGCUAGUUAUCGAUGUAUUCCAAAACUUGAUAGUGGUGUCGGCGUACUGAUAACGCGCAAGCCUGAUUCUGCGAACGCCGAAUUCCCAAGUACUCAUCCAGUGACUCUUGGAAUGUGUAUUAGUAUUGACGGAUGUGGUUAGUAGCGUGCGCGAUGCAGCGAUGAUCUCGUGGUGCGCCCUAGCCUUGUGCGUGAGCGUAGUCCUCGCAAGCAACAUCACCGUCGAGCAGAGAAUAUUAAACCUCGAAGAAGAGUACACGUUGGUGGUGACGCCAUCCAUAGAGUUCAUUCUACAGUUUGUGCCGAACGAAGAUCAAGCAGAGUUCCCGAGUCGGUUGUGGGUGCGCAGCGUCGGCGGGGACACCUCUCGGCCGCUACUGCUCACCGCCAGAACUAAAACAGGAGCGACAACAUGGCAGCUCCCGUACCAGUCCGGAUCGAUGCUGAUGUCUGAGCUGGAGCGCACGCUGUGCUGGGAUGGCUCCCCGACGGACGCGGUGGGGGCGCCGUCCGAGUGCGAGGGCGCGGGCUCGCAGCGCGGCUUCACCCUGCACCUCGCGUCCGCCUGCGCCGCGCCCCUCACCGUCACGCUGCGAGCCGCGCCCGCCAGGGACUGGCUGCUCGGCUUCCAGGCCCGCACCACCGUCACCGCGACACAGACUGGUCCUGCGGUAAACUACUAUGACUUCAUUCCGGGACAGAACAGCGUCCGACUGAUCGUGGAGUCGGAGGACGAGGUGUGCGCGACCAUCUCCGUGCAGAGAUACACGGUAGAUCUUAUGUUUGUGUGUCCGUUGGCGGAGACCAUCGAGGACAUCGACCUGACGACCCUCAGGAUGACCGUCAUGCGCUCCGGCGCCGUGCAGCUCUCUGUAAGAACCACAAUACACCUGUACCCGAUGGGGUUCUACGUGGUGUCGCUGGUGCGGCCCGACGACGCGGCGUGCUCCGGCGAGCCGGCCCCCGAGGACGACUGGCUGCUGGAGGCCGCCCUCUGGGCCCACACUGACCGCCCCUCCCCCCCGGCCACUCUGCGGCAGAAGACCUUCACGCUGACCGUUAGGGCGUCGCUGUCCCGGGCGCAGUACAUGGUGGGCGCGGGCGUGACGGUGGCGGUGUUCCUGCUGUUCUACGCGGGGUUCGCGGCGCUGGUGCUGGCGCAGCGCUGGCCCGCCUGCGCGCGGCUCACGGCGCCGCGGGCCGUGCUCGCCGACGCGCACAAGUCUGAGAGCGGAGCGUUGUCGGAAGGCGUCAGUGUGACCGGCGUGACUGCCGAGACCGGCGUGACGAGCGUGACCGGCGUGACGAGCGUGACCGGCGUGACGAGCGAUGCGGGCACGCCCGUGCGGACCGCGCGGCGGCGGCGCGGCUCCGAUGCAACAUUUGACAGCAGUGAUGCAAGUGAUACAGAUUCGGAGGAGGAGUCUCCUGCCGUCACAAACGACACGAUCACAAACAAUAUGAUCGCCAAUCCCACCGCAUCGUCCUCUGCCGCUAACCCCACUACGUCUCCCGGGACCCCCGGUAAUCACGGAGCAGCCUCGCCCCCGGACCGAGCCAAUGGAGCCGUCACGGAAGGCGACGCCAUAGAACGGAGCACGGUACAGGAGGAAACGAGUCGUCCGUUCGGUCUGCCGGCGCGGCUGCACGUGGCGGCGCUGGCGCGGCGCGGGCGGCGCGUGCUGCGGGCGCGCUCGGACCGCUACCUGCACACGCUCUACACCGUGGCCGUGUUCUACGCACUGCCCGUGCUGCAGUUCGUCGCCGCCUUCCAGGUGAUGCUGAACAUAUCGGGGUCGCUGGACAUGUGCUACUACAACUUCCUGUGCGCGCACCCGGCGGGCGGGCUGUCCGACUUCAACCACGUGUUCUCGAACCUCGGCUACCUGCUGCUCGGCGCGCUCUUCAUGCUGCAGCUGCAGCGCAGGAAGCGGAACAGGAAGCGGGCGCCACGACAUGAGGAGUACGGUAUCCCGGCGCACUACGGACUGCUGUCGUCCCUGGGCGCUGCCAUGAUGGUGGUGGCGCUGCUCUCCGCCAGCUACCACGUCUGUCCCAACAGCCUCAACUUCCAGUUCGACACGGCCUUCAUGUACGUGCUGGCGGUGCUGUGCAUGGUGAAGAUCUACCAGUCGCGACACCCCGACAUCAACGCGCGGGCGCACGCCACCUUCGGGGUGCUCGCCGUCUUCAUCGCGCUCGUGGUGUGGGGCGUGCUGGGCGGGGGGCCGCUGUUCUGGAGCGUGUUCACUGUGCUGCAUGUGUUCACGUUCCUGCUGCUGUCCCUGCGCAUCUACUACGUCGGACAGUUUCGUCUCGAGAAGUCGAGCCUGGCGGUGGCGGCGCGGGGCCUGCGGGCGCGGCCGCUGUACACGCCGCGGCUGGUCAUGCUGCUCAUCGCUAACGCCGCCAACUGGGGCUUCGCCAUCUACGGGCUCCUGACCCAUGCGGGGGACAUAGCGACCCACCUGCUGAACGUGCUACUGUGCAACACGCUGCUGUACAUCGUGUUCUACGUGCUGAUGAAGCUGCUGCACGGGGAGCGCAUCCGCUGGUACUCCUGGUGCUUCUUGGCCGCGGCGGCCGCCUGCUGGGUGCCAGCUCUCUACUUUUUUACUUCCGGCAGCACGGACUGGUCGGCGACGCCGGCGCGGUCCCGGCACCGCAACCACGAGUGCCGCGUGCUGCAGUUCUACGACUCGCACGACCUGUGGCACAUGCUGUCGGCCGCCGCGCUCUACUUCACCUUCAACGUCAUGCUCACCUGGGACGACGGACUCUCCGCCGUCAAACGGACAGAGAUUGCCGUCUUUUGAAUUUAA